CCAAUUAAAUGCAGCAUUUCAAAAAUGUUUGUAUUUAGCAACAGAAAGCCAGUGACCAGCUCCUUGGCAGUCCAGGCAGGCACUGUUAAGGGCUAAAGAACUUAAACUUCCUGAAAUUGUUGAAUAGAAGCGGAGCGGACUUUUCUUCUUCCCCCAAGAGCUGGAAAGUGACUAACAGUUCAAGGAAGGCUCCAAAGCCGAGAGAGAUCAGCAGCACACUUCCUUUAGGGGACUCCCUCGACUUUCCCUCUCCCCCAUUUGUCUCUCCGGGGAGGAGCCAGCGAAAGGCACAUUGUAAAAAUAAAAACUGGACCGGAGCCAGCAAGUGUAAAAUUCUAAGUGGUAUUGGUCAGAUCGUGGCGGAUAAAGUAGAAACUCCUUCACUUCGUGAUGUGAAAAGUCUCAGGAGAGAGCUGAAACAUUUCUAGCAGCGGUGGGUUGUUUCAUCUCAUUUCCUUCUCCAAAAUCCGCGAUGCAGCCCUAACUUAACAUAAAAAGGGGCUGAACCCUUGGAUUUGAAGGAAGGAGGCCCAGUUUAUGCCAGUGAAAUCACAACCUUGAUACCUUCCUUAGUUUGACCUUCAAGAGGAGAAGACUUCUGGCCCCCUUGACACCUUUCAGUCCAUCUGAAUCUAUGACUGGGGGUUCCACCCUAGCCCCACCCUUUGCUGUCCCAUUCCAGAAAAUGGGUUCAUUUCGAAGGCCCAGGCCUCGCUUCAUGAGCUCUCCGGUGCUCAGUGACUUGCCACGUUUUCAAGCAGCACGACAGGCUUUGCAGCUUAGCUCCAACUCUGCGUGGAACAGUGUUCAAACAGCAGUGAUAAAUGUGUUCAAAGGGGGAGGCUUGCAAAACAAUGAACUUUACACCCUCAACGAAAACAUCAGACGUUUGCUGAAAAGUGAACUUGGAUCCUUCAUCACAGAUUAUUUCCAGAACCAGCUCCUUGCGAAGGGCUUGCUGUUCAUAGAGGAGAAGGUUAAGCUGUGCGAAGGUGAGGAUCGCAUUGAUAUCCUGUCUGAAAUCUGGGAUCACUUCUUCACAGAGACCCUUCCCACACUCCAGGCGAUAUUCUACCCUGUCCAGGGUCAGGAAUUAACUAUCCGCCAGAUUGCCCUGCUCGGCUUCAGAGACUUGGUCUUAUUAAAGCUGAAGUUGGAAGAGAUUCUUCCUCUAGUCCAAACAAAGCUCCCAGCUUCCAUUGUCCAGAUGCUGCUGGUUCUACAGGGUGUCCAUGAACCUACAGGCCCCAGCAAGGGCUACGUAUUGCUGGAAGAGCUGGUCAAACAGGUGGUCUCUCCAUACCUGGGCUUGUGUGAGGAUCACAGCUUCCCUGGCGGCACCUGUGCACUCGAGAGACGGUAUUCCAGAUCUCGUCCCAAGGCAAACCUGCUGAGCUACUCUUCCCAUAGCGUGACGGUUCGGCAGCCCAGCGAGACGGCCCUGACGCCACUGACAGAGCAGGAGGGUGAGGCUUACUUGGAGAAAUGUGGCAGCAUCCGUCGCCACACUGUUGCCAAUGCUCACUCGGAUAUCCAGCUCCUGGCCAUGGCCUCCAUGAUGCACACAGGGAUCGUGAUAGAAGAGCCAGACAACAGUGACAAAUGCCUCCUCCUGCAGCCCAGCUUCAAUCACAGGCAAUGCUCCAGUGAGCCCAGUAUUGCUGAUGGGCCGGAGGGACUGGUAGCAACGGGCAGGCAGGAACCUACGGAACUGAACUGCACCUCCGUCAGCUAGAAGGGAUGUCCCCUCCAGGAGAGAGAACCAUGUGCACUAAACCAGACGAUGGGCGGUUGUGUUCCUGCUGGGAACGGUGGAGAACAUGAGCCUUGGGAAUGUAUUUGCUCAUGUUGUGGGAGUGGUCUAUGUUCUCAUGUCUCUUGGGAAAGGCACCUUAGAUUUUUAUCUCUGACUUUCUAGGAUCAUUGUCAGUGGAGGUACCAGGCUGCUCCCAGCAGAGCAUUCAGGACUGCAAGGGUUUCAGUGUUAAAUGCCACUGUCUCUGUAUUCUGUAGAGUUUCUUCCUGAGCUGCUCAACAUCCAAGUUCCACUGCUGUAGCCUCAGGUUCCCUCCCUUUUCUUUUUAGUGAAAGAAAUUAAUCUGAACGUUUUUCAAUCUCAUGCCUAACUCCUUGGUCUCAUUAAAUGGAGCCCUCUUCCAACUCCCAGCAGCAAUUGGAGAGACUGUGCUAAAAGCUCACUUGGUCCUUGCCCUCUGUUGCUAGGAUGGUGAUGCCUGGGGUUGGCUUUUUCUUUUAAAUGUAUUGUACUCAGGGAUUAAACUUUGUGAGUCUUGUGGAGAA